CAGAGCCGCUGGCGAUGCCGGAGGUGACGCCGGACGCGGUGUUGGUGGCGGAGGAGGACAACGUCACCCUGCGGUGCCACCCCCCCCCCGGCGCCGUCACCACCUGGUGGCACCGCGACGAUGCGGCGCUGCGUCCCGACGGCCGCCUCUCGCUGUCGCCCGACAACCAGACGCUGACGGUGACGGCGGCGCAGCGCGGGGACGCAGGGUUGUACGGCUGCCUCGUGGCCAACGCCGUCAGCACCAACCGCAGCCGCGACGUCAACGUCACCAUCGCCUUUGGCCCUGAAGAUGUCACCAUCACCCCCCCCGGUCCCCACCACGUCCCGGUCGGUGCCACCCUCACGCUGUCCUGCUCCGCCUCGGCCGCCCCCUGGCCCACCUUCACGUGGCUGGGCGCCGCCGGCCGCCAUGAUGGCCCCACUUUGGCUCUGGGUCCCCUGUCCCCAAACGCGGGAGGUGACAUCGUGUGCCAGGCGCUGAACCCCUACAGCAACCACAGCCAGAACAGCUCCGGGGUCACCGUGUGGGUCUGGGGUGAGUGUGGGGUCACCCCGACCUUUGGGGUUGGGGUCAGUGUGGGGUCACGGGAAGCUUUAGGGCCCCCCUAGGGCCCCCUUAGGGCAUCGUCUGCCCAAAUGGGUU